AUGAGCAAGAUGUUAGGGGGAGAGGAGUUUCAUCUGUUUAAAAACAAACAUUCAGUGGGGCUGUAAGAUGGGUCUCAGAACCACAUGCCCGUCUGGCCCUUCAACCUCUGGGCAGCCUUCUUGGGUGUCUUCCUUGUAAGGACACCACUCAAUGCCAUAGUGCUGGUGGGCAUGCUGUGCUACAGAAAGUUGUGGCAGCCACUCAACUAUAUUCUGGUCAAUGCAUCCUUGGGAGGUUUCCUCUUCUGUAUCUUCACUCUUUCCAUUGCCAGCUGUCAGUGAUACUUCAUCUUUGCACUAUGUGCUUUAGAGGCCUUCCCGGGCUCUAUAGCGGGUCUAGUGAUGGGCUGGUCACUUGGCUCUCCUGCCCUUGAGCACUAUAUUGACAUCUGUAAGCCCUUCAGCAACUUCUGCUUCAGCUCCAAGCAUGCACUGAUGAUGGUCCCAGGUACCUAGAUCAUUGGUAUCAGCAUCUCCAUCCCACUCUUCUUUGGUUGGAGCCAUGCUCAUCCCAUGAAUGAGUGCUUGGUCCUUGGCCCUGACUGGUACAGUGGCACCAAAUAUCGCAGCAAGUACUAUACCUGGUUCCUCUUCAUCUUCUGCUUUAUUGUGCCCUCUCUCAUCUGCUUCUCCUAGUCUCAGCUGCUGGAGGCCCUCAGAGCUGUGAGUAGCCAGUGUAAUGAAGAGUGGAGGGCUAUCUCCACUUCUGCCCUUUCCCUCCAGUUCUGAACUUGCAUCAUGGAGAUGGUGUGUGGGGAUUCCAUGACAGAAGACUUUGACAUGUCCAGCUCCCAGAAAACUGAAGUUUCGAAUCUCUUUUUCAGCCAUGUUGGCCCCAACUAA